UGACUAUCGGUUUCUGUUCUGGGCUCUGAGUCUACGCGCGGGACAGGGAGGAGCUCUGCAUUCAUUGGGGGAGAAACAAAUUUGUUGCAAAGCACCCGCUGGCUGGCCCCACUUUCUUCCUCGUCUCCGUCGGUGCACCGAGCCUGCCUCUCGACGAUGGCCGUCCCUACCGUGGUGACCCUGCAGCCCCAGGCGGUGGCCGUAGCCACCGGCGCCAAGCCUAUGUGGCAGACGGGGCUGAUGGACUGUUUCACCGACUGGAGCGUCUGCUGCUGCGGGCUGUUCUGCUUCCCCUGCUUGGCCUGCACGGUGGCCGGCGAUAUGAACGAGUGCUGCCUCUGCGGGACCAGUGUGGCCAUGAGGACCCUGUACCGCACCCGCUACAACAUCCCGGGCUCCAUCUGCUCUGACUGCUGCAUCUCCUCGUGCUGUCUCGUGUGCUCCGUCUGCCAGAUCAAGAGGGACAUCAAUCGGAGGAGAGCGAUGGGCAUCUUCUGAUGCCAUAGAGAUGACACCACCUCUGCCUUAUGGGAAAGGGGCACGGAGCCACCUGUGACCAUUGCAUGUCUCCCCUUCAUUCAUGCCCCCAAUAAAGAGCAAUGUUUGCCUUGCCUCUA